AUGGCUGAGUCCAUUAGUGAGAGAACACUCAAAUCAUGGUCAAAACAAGUCGGGGACACGGUUGCCACUGACGAAGAAAUAGUGGCCAUCGAAACCGACAGCCUCUCCUCCUUGACAUGCUCACAAAAUGAUCAAUGUCAAACUCGUCCGGCGCGUUCACUUCUUCCAGGACCCCUCGCAGGCUGCAGCUCAAUAUGCCGCUUAAGCUAUCAUAGGCAAGCACGCCGAUAUCCUAGGGCUGAUUGAAGGUGUUCGCCGUACUCGAGAGACUGUUUCGGCGAUGGUUCUCCAGGCCACAGUCUGAUAUUGCGUUAGCAGAUCAUGAUGAGGACGUACUGGAGGGUCACGUCAUUCUAGUAGUAAUCAGCACCAUUGUUUUACAAAUAUUAGAAAUCUAUUUGCUUUGAACCCUCGAGGGUUCAAAGCAAAUAGAUUUCUAAUAUUUGUAAGACAAUGGUGCUGAUUACUAGAACGACGUGACCCUCCAGUCCAUCCUCAUCAUGAUCCGCUAACGCAAUAUCAAACUGUGGCCUGGAGAACCAUCGCCGAAGUAGUCUAUCGACGCCGAACACCUUCAAUCAGCCCUAGGAUAUCGGCAUGCUUGCCUAUGAUAGCUUGAGCGGCAUAUUGCGCUGCAGCUUGUGAGGGGUCCUGGAAGAAGUGGAUGUGCCGGACGAGUUUGACGUUGGUCAUUUUGUGAGAUGCAAGCAUGUCGAGGAGGAGAGGCUACGUGCGACGGUUGGGUAUAUGCAGGCCGUGAAGCACCUUCACGUGAACUGUGUUGGAUGUGAGCACGGAUGACAGCCAUUUCCACAUUCCCUCACCACCUAAAUUCUGCGACUCGCCAUGGCAUCGAACGCUCGUCAACUUCCAGCACGCCUAUGCCCGUUCCUGUACUAUCGAGCUCCAAUCCAGAUGUUGACGACUGGGAAAUCUCAGACAAGCCCUCAAUAGGCUCGCUGAUGAAGCCUGUGUGAGCCCUCUGGCAAUGGGGAUAACCCUUGAGGACAGCAUGUUGUCGGGGGGAGUGGUUGUGGCGGUUGUGGUGGGUGGUGAGCUUUGUGGAUUGGCAUUAUGGUGCCCCCUGUAGCGUUGCUAUGAAGGAUGGCUGGUUGGCAUGCAAGAGACAGAAAAAGACAGACGUUAUACCCCAAGAGUGGACGA